UGUAUAGUUGACCUAAGACGAAUGAUGCCACCUCAACACUCAAAAGAGACAAUAGGAAGAUUUAUAUUCAACAAAAAAGUUAGUUAGAUUGGGUAAUGACAAUUAAAUUAGCUGCUCCACACAGAGAGCGAGUCCCUGGGACUUUGACUCUGAAAAUUCAUGAACCAAGACUUUUCCUCCCUUUUCCCUCUUCACUUGCCUAUCUUUAUGCCCAUCUGUCCAUUUAUCUUAUCUUAUGCAAUUCCCAUGCAAGCAAGCUCACAUGCUCGUAAUUAAUCUCCCGGAGUGUGAGAGAUCAGAAACAGGAGAUCAAUGGAAGAUGAGAGCCAUGGAAAUGAGCUCGAUGGAGGAGGAAGCCCAGAAAGCCCAUGUCUAAAGCGAAGCACUAGCAACAUUAACAUGAAAGAACAAGAUCGUUUCCUCCCUAUAGCAAAUGUAGGCAGGAUCAUGAAGAAAGUGAUUCCGGCCAAUGGAAAAAUAUCAAAGGACGCAAAAGAGACAGUCCAGGAAUGUGUUUCUGAGUUCAUUAGCUUUGUCACCGGUGAAGCAUCUGAUAAAUGCCAAAGAGAAAAGAGAAAGACCAUCAAUGGCGACGAUAUCAUAUGGGCUAUCACAACCCUAGGGUUUGAGGACUACGUGAGCCCCCUCAAAACGUACCUCCAAAAAUAUAGAGAGAUUGAAGGAGAGAAGCUUAGCAAUAUUCCAAAGCAGCAAAGGCAACAACAACAACACAAACAAGAACAAAAUAUACCGUACGAUGAUGAUACUCAUGUAUAUGGCCUAGACAAGAACGAUAAUAGAACAGUAUAUUCUUCCAUAAGUGAUCUUAUGUCUCAGCCGCCUUUCGUGGCCACCGAUCAGCCAUUCUCAUUGCAUUUCUCCCCAAGUUCAGUUCAAAAACAAUUACUGCCACAAGACCAGAUUAAUGAUCAUUGGGGCAUUGGUAAUUAAUUAGCUUGAAGAAGAUCAGAUGAGAGAGAGAUCAGAGAUCAAAUCGAGAGAGAUUGGGCCUAGAUGUAAUGUUGCUUGACGUGACAAAUAUUUGGUUAUAUUGUCACUUGAUGUUAUAUAUUAUAUAUAUACACAUACAUAUCAGCAA